UUAUACCUUUUCCACCUAUAAUUCCUUCCCAUUAUUCCUUUAUGCAGUGACAAAGGACCCACCCCUGAUGAGAGAAUCAUGAGUUUGCUGGUGCCCACCUUGGGUGGACUCCUGUGUGGGCAGCACCAAGAUGUUAUGGUUGGAGUGGAUCAAAAAGACAGCAAUGUAGAGGCUGAAGCACCAAGUAAAAGAGGGAUCCUGAGGCUGAAAUACCCCAUUGAGCAUGGAGUUAUCAGUAACUGGAAUGACAUGGGAAAGGUUUUGACAUCAUUCUUCCUACAACAAACUCUGGUUGUGCUGGAGGAACAUCCCACCCUUUUGACUGAGACCCCCUUGAAUCUGAAGGCCAACCAUGAAAAAAUGACUCAAAUUCUGUUUGAAACAUUCAGUGUGCCAGCCAUGUGUGGAGCAAUUCAGGCAGUGCUGUCUCUGCCUUGGGACCAAUGACUGGUGAGUCUUCCUGAGGGUUGGAUUUUCCACCUGUCUUUCUCUUGAAGUCUUGAGUCUUUAUAUAUUUUGAAAAAAUAUUUAAAAUGCCACCUGCCUUUGUAGCCUGAUGCCAUGAUAUAAUUUUGUAUACAAAGAUGGGCAGCUUACAGGAAUUAUGACUGUCAUAAAUACUUGUUUUAUCUUUAAAAUUCAAUUAUUUGUGUAUCAGAAAUGCCUUAUUCAUUUUGAGUGGAAAACAUGUGCUUCAUUUCCUACCCAAGAAUGACAUGGCUUUACACAGAUAUUGUUAUAUUUUCCUAGUGGUGUAUUUUACUUUAAUGAGAGAUUCACAUUUUUAUUAAAAAAUAGGGGUUUUUUUUACAGUUUGAACAUGACUUCAUGUCUGUAAAGUGCUGGAACUUGUCUUAAAAAUGGGCUUGGGAAAAUCUGUGUCCUGACUGUCACACUGUGUGUUGAUUAAAAACUUCUUGGCUGCCUGCAGCAGAACAGGAGAUGGUGAGAGACAUCAAGGAAAAGUUUUGUUGUGUGGCACUGGAUUUUGAAAAUGAAACAACAACUGCUGCUUCUUCCUCCUGUCUUGAAAAGAGCCAUGAGCUUCCUGAUGGACAAGUUCUCACUAUUGGGAAAGAAAGUUUCAGAAACUCCCGUCCAGGCAUCCUUUGUAGGUGGGACAGGACUUUUCUUUCUAGGGAUUUGGCAGACAAUGAAAAGGAGAACUUUUAGCAAGUAUAGACAACAUUCAGCUGUAGGAACUGAAUUAUUUAUUCUCAAAUGGAGUCACUUCUUCAGAAGCUAUGGAUGCUGCUGCUGCUGGACAAAAAGAUGCUUCAGCUGAGAAAUACCUGAAUCCCAAGAUAGUUUCAAUCUCUUAUAAAUGGAGUAGAAUGUGUAAAAUGACGAGAUCGUGCUUUUUAUCUUGAAUGGCUGAUACAGAAAUGCACAGUGCUGCUUAU